AUACUUCUUUGCGUUAGUCAAGGGAACUGCAGAGCGAUUUCACCUAUAUUUCUGUACAGAGCGUAUUCUUUCAUUUAGUAUUUUAUCGUUUAUGCGUUUCUGAUUAAACACAUAUUUUAUGGGUGUAACAGGACGUUGCAACGGAUAUUUUGGGAUGGGUUGUGCAGACCUUAUGUUAUAGUUUGCUCUGUGUGGACAUCACCGCCACCGUGGAAGAAAACGGCAGCUCAUGGCACCAGGCCUACACAAACUCGGGCUCCAGCCCCCUCCCAGCACCACCCGAACACUUGUGCAAGGCCUGCGGAGGCCAGUUUGACACCGUAAGAACGCAUGUCUGUGUGGACUGCAAAAACAACUUCUGUAGCCGCUGCUCGGUGCAGAUGGACCUCCGGCCACUGAUAUGCCACACCUGUCAGCGGCUCCACUGCACCUUUUUCGAACGGGCAGAGUUGAUGAGGCUGAAAGUGAAGGACCUCCGUGACUAUCUCCACCUGCACGAAACCCCCACGCAGAUGUGCAGAGAGAAGGAGGAGCUGGUGGAGCUGGUGCUGGCUCAACAAACUCCCAGGGGCAGCAGCAGUGCCGAAUCCCGUUCACAGCCGUCUGCGCCUGCUCUGGCUUCCCAUGCUCUUCCAGAAUCUGAAGCUCUCACGGAGGAGGAAGAUGAGGAUGAGGAUGAUGACGAAGAGGGUGAUGAGGAGGAGGAAGAAGAUGGAGAUGGAGAGAGAGAUGGAGAAGGAGAAGAUGGAGAGGGUGAAGAAGAUGAUGAGGAUGAUGAGGAAGAGUCCACAGAUAGUGAGGAGACGCUUGUGCACAGCAGAAGAGCCUCUCUGUCUGACCUGAGCAGGGUGGAGGACAUCGAAGGCCUCAGCGUGCGGCAGCUGAAGGAGAUUCUGGCACGUAACUUUGUGAACUACCAGGGCUGCUGUGAGAAAUGGGAACUGAUGGAGAAGGUCACCCACCUUUUUAAUGAUCAGAAAGACCUUCACAACCUUGUUUCAAAUACAAAAACAGAAGCAGCUGAUCCUGCUGAGCCCAGCGGCCAGGAGGAGAACCUGUGCAAGAUCUGCAUGGACUCCCCCAUUGACUGCGUUCUGCUGGAGUGUGGCCACAUGGUCACCUGCAGCAAGUGCGGGAAACGUAUGAACGAGUGUCCCAUCUGCCGACAGUACGUGGUUCGAGCCGUGCACGUCUUCAGAUCGUGAAAUUCGGGUGCAAAGAGACAGACUGCCUCUUACAGCUAUUUGGACACUUAUUCUGACGGCACCCAUUCACUUCAGAGGAUCCAUUGGUGAGCAAGCAAAGCUGAAUUUCUCCAGAUCUGUCCCUGAUGAAGUAGCAAACUCAUCUACAUCUUGAAUGACCUGAGGGUGAAUACAUUUUCAGCUAAUUUAAAUUUUUUGGUGAACUGUCCCUUUAAAUUACGCACGCUACCAGUAUUGGUACUUGUUUCUAGUAAGUAGGUGCUAUUUUCCAGGCUCUGUGCACUUUUAGAUUACAGACCAUUCCACUAUGUCAUGUUUUGGUCUUGAAUUCAUAUCUUAGGCAGAACCAGUACUUCCAAACUGCCAAGAAACCUUUUCUGGCUUGACAUUUCCUUCAAUACAUACUUUGUUUUAUUACACCGGUGGCUAGUUUUCCACCAUUACUAUAGUAUUACUAACAAGUCAGUGUUAGUCACAAGGUGCUCAUUACUGCCUACAUUUAUUGUUGUAUGAUAAAGUGUGUUAAUCUAAUAAAAAGUUUUCACAGAGUGAUAAACGUCAAUCAUAAUUGUACUUUUUUUUUUCAAAAAAAUCUUGAAAUCUUUCGUUUUUAAACUUGAGGACUCACAGUUAUGGAGGUAUUAUGGUUUAAUUAUUCAAAAAGUAAUUGCAAGUUUGCGAAUGUAUCAUAAUUGUGGUUAGAAAUGUUUUCAUUUGAAACCUUCGUCCAAUUGCAUAUCUCUGAUACCUUGCUUUCUUGAGCUGAAUGUAGAUGACACUAAGAUUCGUCUAAACCAUUUAGUCCAUCUCUAUAACAAAGAUUAUCUUCUAAACAAGAUGUCUGGCUUAAAAAGUCCAGUUAUUAAAAGGACACUUUGAACAGGAUAUGCAACCUGUACAUAUUCUAUAUUUUGAUAGCUUUGUGUUUUAUGUAUUUGCAUAUUUAUCAAUCAAAAAACUCACUGGUCAUUACAAAUGUCUAGUCAGUUCAAACAAAGCAUGAACUUCCAUAACCUAACCGCAAAAAAAAAUUUAAAAGCUGAUGAUGAACAGACACGUAGCAAAAAAUUUGGUGUAAAUUUCUGCUCAGUUCUGCGGUGCUUGAAGCUUUCAUUUUGUGCUUUAACAGCUCUAGUUAAACAAAAAAAACGAAUAAAUGGGCAGGAUGAGAUUUAUACUUUAAGUACACACCUCUCGUCAAAUCCAAUUUAUGUUAUUUAUGUAAUAGCAAAGGUGUCCAAAUAUGUGUGCGUGUAUGUGCCAAGUGGAGUUAUAUCCCUUGAAAUAUCAGUAGGUUGUGUUACGGUCUAAAGAUUUAAAUAUCUACACAAAUAAAUAUGAUCUAAAGCUCAAACCUUAAAAGUGAAAAAAGUAAAAUAUAGCAUUAUUCGGAAGCUAAAGUGUCUUGAAUGCAGCACUGAGAAAUUGUAAGACUGUUUAGUCAAAUAAAACAUUGGAUGUGUAUCUAGAUGAGUAUUUAUUACAAAAAAUUAAGCAUAUGAGGAAAAUAUAUAUAUAUAUGUAAGAGCUCUGCAUGCAUGAGCAAAGAUAAUUGAAAGGUGCUUAGAAAUGCCUGAAUGAAGUUUUCCAGGUUGAGCGGAGACACUGGAUUCUGUAUUAAGUUUUGUGUAUCCUUUUGUAAAUUGUUUGCUUUAGUUUGUUUUUAGAUUCUUUGAGACUGUGACUUUCUUUUGAACUGUAUGAAAUAUAAUCAGCUGAUAACUCAAACGCUGUUUCUGAUGUAGUAAACAUUAAUCAUAUAACUAGCAUGUCAGAUUGCUAAUAUUGUCUUUAAUAUGCAGUGAGCCUGAUGUGCUAAAUGCUGUUUUCCUGUAAAACACUACAUUGGAAGGUGAUAAGGUUUAUAAUUAUUGAUAAAUUUAUAUAUUUUUAAAUUUUGUUACUAUCUAUGGUUGUUCUUGUGCAAAUAUUUGUUUUGUUUUGUUUUUUUUGUAUCAAUAAACAAACGUACAA